GGGUUGAUUGGCGCGGAUUUGCGCCCAUCGGUUUCUAUUUCGAGGAUCCGUUUACUGCAUUCUGCUACUGUGGUUAUUUAGUGCCCGUACGGAGUAGAUACUCAGGAUGGCAGAUAGACAGACACAGAGACAGUUAGUCAGUCAGUCAGUUAGGAAACGCGGGUGUGUUUUGAUAAUCCGAAUAUUCAGAUUGCCCCUGCCGCUGCCACUGACCGUCACUGUCACUGUCACUGUCACUGUCACUGUCACUACUAGUCUGGUCUAGUUGAG